AUGUCUGAAGAGGACCGUCUAAUGCUAGAAGUCGAGGAAGAAGGCAUUCAGUCGGAGGAUUCCCUAGCUGAGCAGUCUGAGGAAGCUGCGGAAACUGUAACCGAGGAGAUGGACGAAUUCGAGGGGGAGUCAGAGGAGGAUGAAAGGCAGUCCGGCCACCCAAAGUCGUAUGCAACGUUCAUGGAGAAAAUUGGAGGGGAAUUUAAAGAAGCUACUGGGCCCAAGUGGCUUGGUGGAGAAAUCCCAUUCCCAAUGAAUCGUUCCUUUAAACCUCCUCCGCCUCUUUCGGACAGUCAUAGAUCAUUGAUCUACGGGGAGUACAUGAGAGACCCCGAGAAUAACAAUGUGAGAGCGCUAGCACAGCGCCAUCAUCUUAGUCUAGGUCGCGUUGAUGCUAUCCUGAGGUUAAAGGGAAUGGAACAUGCCUGGGUGAAGGAGGUGAGUUCAGUUCGUAUUACUCUCGUCGAUAAUGAGAUUUUCCAUUCAUCCGCGAAGUGUAAGACCGGUUGUGGUGCCUUACAUCGCGCAGUCAAUGGUUAUACCAAUUUCAACCCUGGUAAAACUCUUCAGACUGGUUUUCGUAUGGGCAUGGAGAAGUUGUUAUCCGUCCGGGAUAGCAGAAGACGCAUAAGAAGCAGAGAGGACGCCAACGAAGCUGAUGAAAUCGAGGAAGAGCCUGGACGUCAGGCCGCACGAGACCGAUAUGAACGACACUACUGGGAGUCUCUAAUGGAAGACGCGGAACCUGUUGUCCACAUGUCUCUCAAGCACUCAAAAGCUUUGGCUACUAGCAGGAGUGCCUCUGAUUAUCUUCACACUGAUGAUCCAAGGAUAAUGCCACGAGUCAGAAUACCUCGAUAUGUGAAGAAACCCAAGGAGAAAAUCCAGGUGGUGUCAAAAUCGUCGAGGCCGGACUUGAAGUUCGUGGAUGUCGGUAGCAAGUUUAUUGAUCAGCGCAGUCUCUUGAAGAGGUAUAAGGCUUCGGAGUGGAGGUUGGCAAAACGGAGAGAUAAGCGCGGCCUUCCGUCGUAGUCGUUUGUUCUGGAUCCACCAAUUUAUUCCUACCACCGAGUUCAAAAGGACUGAGAUAUUCUCAUUGCAAGGAGAAGUGCAUCGUGGUCGCCGAUAAUUACCCUGAAAUGACCUCGGCACGAUGCCUGCAUUAUUUGCGUGCUGGUGAUGUACAGGCUAUUCCUUAAUAAGUUUGAGUGC